CGCGGUCACCUCACGCACCACCACAGGAGGUCGCUCGCGUCCCCGCCCGGCCGACGCGCAGCCGCGUCACUACACGAGGCGGAAACGGGCCGCAGGGGCUCCUGGGAGAUGUAGUCUGGGGCCUGGAAAGGCGCCGCGCAAAGGACUCUGGGGCUGUUCGUUCAGAGAAGGCGCAAGCGAUAUCCCACCCCUGGCCUGGAGCAACAUCCCUUCGCCCUUCUUCUGGGUCCAUUCGUGUCCGGGCCGGACAGAUCGGAGUCAGCGCGGGCCGGGAUCCCUCAACCUCACGAUCCGGGCGUGGCCGUCCUGAACGGCGCCACGUCCCGGAGGCUUCUGGGAAGUGCAGCCUGAGCUCGCAGUGCGCAUGCGUGAGCGCGUGCGUUACGGUCCGCGGCCCUGUGGAGUCAUCGUUGUUAUUUGCCUCAUUUGACUGUUGAGGAAGCUCAGGCCCAAAGAAGACAGGGAGCAUGUCUGAGGUCACACAGGUAGCGGGUGGCAGAGUUGGAAGCUGAACCCAGACAUCCUGGCUCCAGAUGGCUGCCCUUCACUGUAGGACUGUACUGCCUCUUCCUACAAACCCUGUCAUUUUACACACAUACGAGGACGUCUGAAGACAAAUACCAGAAACGCGGUUACUGGGGUAAAGGCAGUGCUGAGUUCCUUGGAGAAAAUUAUUUUGUGGACAAGAAUCGUGCUCCUUCACCUUGGGGUGCGUGCCAAGGGCAAACCGCCAUGAGAAACCACAGGAUGGAUGCGUUGCCACUUCCUGGAGCAAUCCAUUUGACUUGAGGAAUCAGAGGGGAAGACUCUGGAUUCUUUGUCACCAUUUUCUACACAAGGGAAGCCUUGCUCAGCACAGAGAAUUGAAGGCCAGGCCACUCGGUUUGUCACUGAGCAACAACUCCUCACCCUUAAUGCCGUCUGCUCCAAAGCUCCCCAAGUGCGGUGGCACUCUGAUGUAACAAAGGGGAAUAUCUCGUAACUGUGGUGCUACAUUGACACCUCCCGAACCCUGCCAGAGAAGACGGUGGGAGUAUUUGCCGUGUAGACCCUUAUCCUGCUCCAAGAGGGCAGACUGUGCUGCAUGUGGAUGGGGCUUAAACCCAGGCUUCAUCACUUAAAGCUCUGAGAUAUUGGGCAGGUCUUCUUCCCUCUUUCAUCCUCAAAAUGGAAACUGGAACCCAUGUGGUCAGUUUGCUCUAAAGCCCCACCUUCUCAGCACUCUGCCCCUCUCCAAAUUGAAACCCUCAAGGGGGAGGAAAGGAUGCCUGCUGCACGGGGGAAAUCCAAGUCCAAGGCACCAGUCACAUUUGGGGAUUUGGCCAUCUACUUCUCCCAAGAGGAGUGGGAAGGGCUGAGCCCCAUUCAGAAGGAUCUGUAUGAAGAUGUCAUGUUGGAAAACUACCAGAACCUGGUUUCUCUUGGACUUUCCUUUCGGAGGCCAAAUGUGAUCACCUUAUUGGAAAAAGGGAAAGCACCCUGGAUGGUGGAGCCAGUGAAAAGACGCGGAGGCUUGGACUUAGGGUCUAAAUGUGAGACCAAGAAGUUAUCUCCAUAUCAGUGCAACAAAUCUGGGCAAAGCAUCUAUCAGAAACCAGUUUCUGCACCACAAAAAGUUCCCACAGGAAAGAGAGGCUGCAAGAAAAAUUCAGUCCUAAUAAAACCCAAGAAAGUGCAUUCAAAGAAGAAAUCUCUAAAAUGUAACUACUGUGGGAAAUUCUUUAGUCAAAGCUUAGCUCUUAAACUUCAUCAGAACUCUCAUACUGGAGAGAAGCCUUAUGAAUGCAGUAAUUGUAGAAAAGCUUUCAGACAGAUCUCAUCCCUUAUUCUUCAUCAAAAAAUUCACAAUGGAAGGAGAAGCUAUGAAUGUGAUAAAUGUGGGGAAAGCUUCAUUCAAAGAACAACCCUUAUUUUACAUGGGAAAAGUCAUGAUGAAAAGGAAAUCUUUGACUGUGGGAAGGCCUUGAGUCAAUGCCAAUCUCUCAGUAUACAUCAGAAAAUCCACCUUGUCCAAAAUGUCUACCAGUGCAGAAAAUGUGAGAAAGCCUUCAUUCGAAUGUCAUCUUUUUUACUUCAUAAGAAAAUUCACAAUGGAAAGAAAAUACAUAAAUGCAAUAAAUGUGGGAGAGGGUUCGGUAAGAAAUCAGUCCUUGUUAUACAUAAAAGAAUUCAUACUGGAGAGAAGACUCAUGAAAGUGAGAAGGCCUUAAGUCAGAGUUUACAGCAGAGAAGUCACUGUAUAGAGAAUCCUUAUAAAUGCAGAAAAUGUGGGAAAUCCUUUAAUAGGAUUUCAUCCAUUAUGCUUCAUCAGAGAAUUCACGCUUCAAAGAAACCCUACAAAUGUGAUAAAUGUGAGAAGAUCUUCACGCAGCUUUCAACCCUUACUCUACAUCUAAGAAUUCAUAAUAGAGAGAAACUAUACAGAUGUAAUAAAUGUGAGAAGGUCUGCAACCGGCAUUCGUCCCUUAUUCAACAUCAGAAAGUUCAUACAAAGAAAAAGAAACUGUUUGAAUGUAAGGAAUGUGGGAAGAUGUUUUCUGGAACUGCCAACCUUAAAAUACAUCAAAACAUUCAUUCUGAAGAGAAACCUUUCAAAUGCAAUAAAUGUAGUAAAGUUUUUGGCCGCCAAUCAUUUCUUAUUGAACAUCAGAGAAUCCAUACUGGAGAAAAACCCUAUCAGUGUGAGGAAUGCGGGAAAGCCUUCAGUCACCGAAUAUCUCUUACUCGACAUAAGAGAAUUCAUACUGAAGAUAGACCCUAUGAAUGUGAUCAGUGUGGGAAGGCCUUCAGUCAGAGUGCACACCUAGCCCAACAUGAAAGAAUUCACACUGGAGAGAAACCAUAUACAUGCAAAACGUGUGGGAAGGCCUUUAGCCAACGCACAUCCCUUAUUCUACAUGAAAGAAGUCAUACUGGAGAGAAACCCUAUGAAUGUAAUGAAUGUGGGAAGGCAUUUAGCAGUGGCUCAGAUCUUAUUCGGCAUCAGAGAAGUCAUUCUUCAGAGAAACCCUAUGAGUGUAGUAAAUGUGGGAAGGCAUAUAGUCGGAGCUCAUCCUUGAUUCGACAUCAGAAUACACAUUCUGAGGAAAAGGCUUAAGAUUGUUUUAAAUAUGUAAAAGCUAAGAGGGAGGCUAGCAAAGUAGCAGAGACAGAGGCAUGGGAAAAUGCAUUUGUCUAUAACAUAAUUUGUGUAAAAAUGGGACAGUUUAAUGACGUGUCCCACUUUGAAAGCCAAAGAGCAAAAGUCAUUGGUGAUUUUGACCUGAGGAUUUGAAAUCAACUGAGGCAGUGACUUUAUCAUAGUUCUUUGUUUCAAAAUAGCAAGCUCAGAUGAUUGGAUCAGUCAUUUUUAAUGAAGAGCAUUCUUCAUUUGAUAAAAAUAACUGGUACUUUAUUUCCAAUGUAAUUUUAAAGCUAUUUCAUUGGUUAUGUACAACAAAGUGAAUUGUAAAUCCAUUUUUCUGGAUGGAGCUGUGAGCCUGAUUUAAGGUCAUGUGAAGAAAGAGUUUGAGUUUGUCCCUUAGAACUAAAAGUAUCACACAGAAGUGAUUUCCUCACAAACCAGGGUGCCAUUUUCAGCUGACAGAAACUUCUGGUUGAGAAUAAAGAAGAUUGAGUAAAGAUAGCACUCAUAAUUGUGUGGAGCAAUAGAGUCAUUACCAUACUGUCUCUAUGGAUAUGAAGACAUAUGAUCUUAAUGGUGUGAAAAAUCUAACAAGCCUGGGACAAGCUAAUGGGGGGAAAAAAAACCCAGGAUGUACUGAAGAAUGAGGAGCUGCAGAACAAGGAGAAAUCACUUGUUACUGUUUUGUUUGAAAAUGAAUUUAUAUUUAUAUGAAUAAACAUUGGUAUUUUCAUGUGAAAACACUGGUGUGCAACAAAUGAUUGGUGGAGAAUGGGAAGUCAUGGACUGAAUGUGUCCUCCCAAAAUUUCAUUUGUUAAAACCCUAACCCCCAAUGUGAUUGUAUUUGGAAUUGAGGCCUUUGGGAGAUAAUAAGGGUUAGAUGAGGUCAUGAGGGUGGGGCCCUCAUAAUAGGAUUAGUGUUUUUAAAGAAGAAACACCAGAGGCCUCUGCCAUGUGAGGACACAGCAAGAAGGUGGCUAUCUGCAAGCCGAGAAACUAGCCCUCACCAGUAUCCAACCUUGUGGCAUCCUGAUCUCAGACUUUCAGCCUCCAAAACUGUGAGAAAUAAAUUUUGUUUACAUCACCCAGUCUAUGGUAUUUUGUUAUGGCAAACUAAACUGACUGAUACUUGGGAAAAACCCUGCAUUUAUGCGCCAGGCUCUUUCAUGUCAGCUGUUCACCAUAUAUAUAAUAGUUUUCAGUGCUUUCCAGUUUGUGCAAAAUGUGUAAGAAAUAAAAUCAGAAUUCUUUUUUG